CGAUAAUUGGAGAGAAUGGAACUGGCGCGCCAACAGGUGACGCCUCCAGAACCAGACGAGCAGGUUGUUGAACCAAGCGUAUCUACUUAUAUAAUAGGCCGCCGAAUCGAAAUCGAUCUACAGUCUCAAACGGAAAGAUCUAAAGUAAACAAACCAACCAAGAUGCGAGCUGCCGUCGUGUUCGUCGUUGUGAUUUUCGCACUCCUCAGUGCCAUGGAGGCUGUGCCCGCUCCCCAGUUUGGAUACGGUGGAUUCGGUGGCUAUUAUCCUGGCGGAUAUGGCGGCUAUGGCGGCUACGGCGGUUAUCCCGGAGGAUACGGAGGCGGAUAUCCCGGCUUCGGAGGCGGCUACAACCGCGGAUUCGGCGGCGCCAGUGCCUCGGCAUCCUCCUCGGCCUCUGCCGGCGGUUUCGGCGGCAACUAUUACGGAUAAAGCCCUGUAGAAACAUAUGUAUUCCUUUAAGUAUUUAAGUUUAAUAAACCAAAUUCAAUAUUCUUGUGACUCCAAAA